AAUGCUCUAUCCUUUUGGUUCCGAUGAUGUCUGACUUCAUUUCACGCAGCCUUGGCUGGGUAUCCGCCAAAGCACAAGAUAUUCUCCUUCGUAUCCUCGCUUCGGGCCCUGUUCCCAAACAUGUCGGCUUUAUCAUGGAUGGUAACCGUCGUUAUGCCCGCAUGCAUCAGCAGGAGGUGAAGGCGGGACACGCUGAAGGUUAUGUGGCGUUACGACGCGUUCUAGAGAUAUGUAUGCGAUUAAACAUCUGCUGUGUCUCCGUAUACGGAUUCUCGAUAGAGAACUUCAAGCGCUCACCUCAAGAAGUUGAAGACUUACUGUCACUGGUUCAGGAGAAGCUACUAGAGAUAUGUCAAUAUGGUGACUUGCUGGAUGAGCAUGGAAUACGCUUGAAUGUGAUCGGAAACAAGACUUUAUUCCCUCCUCGACUCCAAGCAGCGUCGCGCAAGGCGGAAGAAAUGACACGCAAGAACAACAGGGCCAUCCUCAAUCUUUGUAUGCCUUACACAUCGAGGGAUGAAAUCUUCACUGCAAUUCAAGAAACCAUUCAAGAGAAGUUGGAUUCGGAUUCUCCUUUCGGUGAAAUAACCGAAGACGACAUCGACGCUCACAUCAUGACGAACGCUGCUGGCAGCCCACCUCUUGAUAUUCUGGUCCGAACGAGUGGCGUUAAACGUCUCAGUGAUUAUCUCCUCUGGCAGGGAUGCGAAGACACCCAAAUCCAAUAUACAGAUGGGUACUGGCCUGAGUUCGGUCUGUGGGAUUUUAUCCCCAUCCUUCUCGACUAUCAGCGUAAAGCCUGGUCAACGCCUGCACAUGCGAGAGACUUGUCAUGACUCGGAAGGACAUAUAGCUCGGUUGAUAUACGCUGCGUUCCAUGUGGCUGUGUUUCAGAUCGUAUACCCGCUUAUCCAGCGCAAUGAUUACAUUGGUGCAGGAAACUCCACUUGUGUGGGCUUCCAACUGGUGGCCGAUUAAGGGUGAUAGCCGGUAUCCACCAAUUGUUGUGGACUAGCAUGAGACCCCCUGAAGAAAGCUGGCCUUCCAUCCUUAACGGCU